AGCUCCGCCCGCACAAUGACGGCGCACUCGCCCCAGCUGCACUCGCCCAGCGCGCAUCCCGAGCGGCCCAAGGGCAUCCUCAAAAACUCCUCGUCGUACCGCUCAAAUUCGCACACUUCGCCCACGCGCGAUCUGCCGCCUGCCACCAGCCCCAUCUCGGAGCGCCCCCAGCUGGGCCGUGAGCUGUCGGAAAAGGAAAUAGUCCUCGAGAACACGCUGCGCAAUGCGGGCGCCCACCGACGCUCCUCGUCCAACCCCCGCGGCGUGCCCUCGCGCCGUCAAUCGGGCGCAGACCCCGCCGACGACAUUAGCCCACAGCUCAAGUGGGACGAGGCCAACCUCUACCUCAACGAGCAGAACCGCGACAGCACCAUGAAGAUUGACGAGCCAAAGACCCCCUACGCCAAGCAAUACGACCCUGCCGAGGACGAGGAGGAGAUCGAGAUGCUCAAUCCCCAAGAGCUCAAGGUCGACGAGCUAGACCAAGCUAAGCGGAAGCCGAAAAUCGAUGACAUCCCCGAGUUCGACCUAGGCCAGCCCGAGCUGCAGACGCGCCACUCCCACACCCCCGAUAGCGAGAAACGAGUCAUUGUCGAGGAGGGCAUGGACACGGACGAGGGCUAUCACGGCGAGCUGCUCCCAAAUGCGACGCAAGAGGAAAAAGAUAAGCACCGCAAAUUCGAAGAGCUACGCAAGAAGCACUACGAGAUGAAAAACGUCAAAGAUCUCCUCGGUCACCCCGAGGAUGCAGACGAAGACGAGGAAAUGCCCACGCGACCCAAUGGUCCAUAG